GCCUCGGGAAGAUGUGGACCAGCUAUUUUUGAAAUAAAAAUUAUAGCUUCGCUACAAUUUAUAUGUUAAGAGGCUGAGAAGACAGAAGGAGAAUCGCCUGCAUAUUCAGUCCCAAAUAUUCCGGGAAUACUCAUUUUCCGCGAUCUCAAAUUUUCCAAGAAAGAAAUGGGUCUGAUUGUUUUUUAUUCUCAUUCUGUGUUUCGCUUUCCUGGUUUCUCCGUUAUCACCAAGCAGUGGAAGUUAGGAAACCCCAUGUUUUCUCUAAGAGAUGUACCUUCAUCCUUUCAACGGACGGACACUCAGUUAACUCUUUCAUGCAUAGGAGCCGAUGAAAAUAGAAGAGGCAUUCCUCCAAAAAGAAGUUCUGCUUCAAGAAGAACAAAAAAGAAGGAAGAAAAUAAGAAAUCACCUGUUGAUAAAAAAUUAAACUCAUCUAACCAGGAAGAGAUAAUCGCGCUAUUCAGACGGAUACAAUCUUCAAUUUCAAAGGAAGAACCUACGAAUGCUGAGGAGAUACAUUCUAAUAACUCUGCCGAAUCAAUUCUAAAGGUUCUUCGCAGAUCAAAGAAGCAAGCAAAAGGAAAAGCUACGAACAAGGAAGAGGGUAAGGUGUUAACAAAGAGAAGAGGUGUGCCUAAGAAAGAGCCGGGAAUACAGCGUAAUCCACCAGUUACGGACUUCAAGUUAACUCGGCCACCAUCUAAAUUUGUGAAGAUAUCCCCAAUUCCAUCUCUAACAGCCCCAAGAGGAAAGUCUAUUGAGCUGAGCAGUGAAGCAUUGCCAAUCACAAAUGGAACGGAGACAGAUUUGCUAAAACCAGAGGAGAUGAAACUUCCUGAACUAAAAAAGUUAGCCAAGUCAAGAGGAAUCAGAGGAUACUCAAAACUGAAGAAGAGCGAGCUCGUGAAUUUGUUGAGAUCCUAGUAUAAUGUGAAGCCUUGCUGCGAGAAAAUUGUGGUUGCUGGUCGAUAUAAUUAGAUACCAAAAGCAACAAGGUUAUUUAAUUUCCAUUAUAUGAUGCAGCAGAUAUGUUUCUUUCAUUCCCUUUUUCUUUUGUUUUUCCUUACCAGUUUAGUAGUUUACCCGAGAUACAGAUCUAAAUUGUCUUGUAAACGACAAUGGCAAAAUAUGACUACCGCAUUGAGAUGAAGCAGCAAUUAACCA